UCACAUACGGGCAAUCAGGUAGAAAAAUGGCGGACAGCGUGGAUAUUGAUUUGUAUGAAAAUAUUGAAGAAGGCUUUGAUCAGGAUGGCGAGUUUGAGACUGAUGCUGAUUUAUAUAAUGAUGUGAUCAUAUCACAACCCAGUGGAGAUGAUGAAAAAGAGGGGUCUGAUGAGCCCAAGAAGAACACAAUUCCACCCACAUCUGUACCAGCAGGAUACACAGGGCGAAGAUACAGUGUCUAUGUGGGAAAUCUACAGUGGUGGACUACUGACCAGGAUUUGACAGAUGCUCUGGCAUCCAUUGGUGUCAACGAUUUGUUGGAGAUCAAAUUCUAUGAAAACAGGGCUAAUGGACAAAGCAAAGGGUUUGCGAUAGUGAUUGUGAAGUCAGAGAUGUCAUCACGCGCCAUCUUUGACAAACUGCCCAGGAAGGAGCUGCAUGGCCAAGUGCCCAUGGUGACACACUGUAACAAACAGGCACUUAACAAUUUUGAGGCCCAAGCAAGGAAAGGGGAACCACCUCCGCAACAGAAUGGUCGACAGAGAACAGACAGUAGGGGAGACAACCAGAGGGCUGCAGCCCCUCCUACUGCCCCUCCCGCAGUGCGGCCACCACAGCCAGCGAUCAGGCCCCAGGCCCCCUUUGCCCCUCAGUCUUCUGGCCCCGUCCCGAACAUGAGCCGACCCCCACCCACUCAGGGGCCGCCACCUCAAUCAGGCCCGCCACCCAACUUCUUCCCUGGAGGUCCUCCUCGUCCAGGCAUGCCCCCAGUGUCGAUGCCCCAGAUGAGCAUGGGGCCAGGGCUUCCCGGACAGCCCAGACCCAUGGGUGGACCACCGCCGGGCAUGCCCCCACGUGGCAUACCAGACCCUCGCCUGCCACCACCAGGCAUGAGACCAGGCAUGCCACCCGCACCAGAGAAUACAGGGUUUGAGCAGCCUCCUCCACCUGGCACCCUAUACCCAGUGCGAGGCCAGCUCCCUCCUCAGCCUGUCCCCCCACCAGGCAUUCGGGGCAUGGUCCCUAUUAUCCAAGGUAGGCCAGGAUUCAUGCCAGGCAUGCCAGGCCAGCCUCCCCCAGGGAUGCCUCCCCCAGGACACCCUGUGGUGGCCCCUGCCCCUCAUGUGAAUCCUGCAUUCUUCCCUGGCACACACCCUGCCGUGCUGCAGCCACCACCGGUACGUCAUCCACAGGUAUCACAUGCUCCUCCCACAUCUGACCCCUAUGGACGACCCCCUCCAGUGGCCGGCUAUCCAGCCCCCGAUCCAUACAGGCAGGAGAGGAGGCCCGAGCCUGUGGCGCCUGCUUUGACAGAGCAGGAGUUUGAGGAGAUAUUCCAGCGCAACAAGACAGUAUCCAGCAGUGCCAUCUCGCGUGCCGUGCAGGACGCCAGCGCAGGAGACUUUGCAAGUGCUAUAGAGACACUGGUGACUGCCAUCUCUCUGAUCAAGCAGUCCAAGAUAGCCAAUGAUGACCGAUGUAAAAUCCUCAUCAGCUCCCUCCAGGACACCCUUCAUGGCAUCGAGGAGAAGUCUUAUGGAUCCAAGCAUUCUAAAACCGAGAUAUCUGAUGCCAGGUCUCGAGAGAGAAGGUCACGCUCUCGUGAUCGCGACAGGGAACGGGAAAAGAGGAGUCGACAUCGGUCCCGUAGUCGUGAGCGAGAGUAUCGUGAGCGGAGUCGGGAAAGGGAACCAAGACGAGAGUACGACGAACGUCACGCUAGGGAGCCACGCAGCGAUAGUAGAAGGGACAGUGAACGUGAACGGGAGCGUGAGAGGGAAUACAGGAGUAGCCGACACUAAACUCUCCGUCUUUAUAUAUUGUUUUAUCCUGAAAGGGAGGUGCUCUCUUAUGGUGCUUCCUAGAUAUUUGAUCUCAUUGAAAAUCAAGGUGCUGAACGGACUCACAGUCUCGCAGAUUGUUUCAGUUGCUUUCAUUUGUUGUACUUAUGAUUUCAUUGUCACGCAUAGCUGCAUAUUAGCUGGGUUGCUCUGUUCAAACAAUUCACAUACAUCACUUAUGUCUAUCUCUAGUUUCAUCCGUAUGUAUGUAUGUGUGUGUGUAUGUGUGUUUGAAAAAAUAAGUCUAUUACAUUAUAAAAUAUGUAACUAUGUUUAACAACAGCAAAACCUGUGUAAAAAAGGGUAUACAUAUUGUGUGACAAAAUAAACCUGAUUGCUUUUGAAUCUAUAUUUUAUCAUAAUAGAUUAUAUGCAGAUCAAUAGAAAACUAAUUUAAACAAAUAUGAGAUUGUGAAAAUCACAUUAUGAACUUUAUGACAAUCCAACGGUACAUGUGUUUGUUUUGCUGAUUUCUCAAAGAGUAAUUGUUUUCUAAAUUAUGUUUUAACUGUUAUAGUUUGUAGUAAUUCAUCGAUGAAUGUCAUAAUACUAGUGAUAGCUAUAAUCACAUGCCGUCUGUAAUAAAUAAUUGGCAGUAUACUUUUCUCUGAAAUGUGUGUAUUGUUUUUACCAUAUAACAUCAAAAGAACAUACCUGUUUAAGUAGUUUAACCCAUUUAUGCCUAGCGUCUAGAAAAAAAGGCCUUGGCAAACAGCGUUGACCCAGAUGAGACGCGGCAUGAUGCGGCGUCUCAUCAGGGUCUGCGCUGUUUGCUUAAAGAAAUUUCUGUAAGAAAUAUUCUAAAUAUAGAAAUAAAUAUACGAGACGUCGCUAAUUUUGGAAAUAAAUUAAUCCAAUUUAGAAGGAUGGCAAUUAAUCCCAUUUAGAAGGAUGGCAGAGUCCACUAGGCUUAAAUGGGUUAAGAGACUCUGGACUUAACAACAGCUUGUAAAUUGAAACUACCUGCUUCUUAGAUGCUGUUGUUUUCUUUAAAUGAAACAAAAAUGUUGAUUGUUAACUUGUACAAAACAUAUCUUUGAGGAAUAUUGGGAGAAAGCCGUAUAAUAGGUACACGUGUCUUCUGUUAAGAUUGUUUAGAACUUACUUAACUAUUACAAAUGGAAUAUUAUAAUUUUAUAUAUCUUGUUUAAACAUUUUUUGUAAACAUUUUGUGAUUGUUUAGACCUUUGUGGGUUUUUUUUUCAGGAACUAUUUUAAAAGGGUUGUGUUUGCACUGUUUUGUAGCUAAAAUGUUUAUUAAGUAGGAGUCUGAUUUUGACCGGAAUCUAGAUGUUAUUCAAACAUCCUUGCAGGUACUUAAUUUGCUGUAGAAUAAAGAAUAUGAGAGCCAUAUAUUUCUAUGGACAGACGUCUGAAUGUUGUAUGUGAGUGAAGUGAGACAAUAAGGGUAACAUUAAUAUAUGAAAAUGCUGUAACAUUCAUAUUUCAACUUAAUUUCAUAGUCAUUGACAGAGCAACCAAGCUAGAUGUGUGUUUUUAUGAGGGAAUUGACCAUGAAAUGAAAUGUAUCUUGGAAGAAUCAAGUGUUAUCCAGAAACAAAAAAAUGGAGGAAAGUUAUUUAAAAUUGAGAUAUAAAUUAGAUUUGAAAACAUUUUACAGUUAUUCUAAUGAAAAUGGAAUGUUUAAAUAAAAUUAAGGUUCUGUAUUGUAAUAACUUUCACAUUAUCUUAAUAAUUGUCUGUUUUAACAUCUUGAUGGUUUCCUAUGCAUUUCAACUAGUCAAAACAAAUCAAUGGAUGCCUGCGUUUAAUGUAAUCAUGUUGAGGUAUUGGCAAAAGUGGUGCAAACAUACAUACAGACUUUUUAAUGGACUGAUCCUGAAUUUUGCAUACGUCUUAAGUAUGUGAAUUUAAAUCUAUGUUUUGAGUGUUGGACACCACCCUAUUUCCACUGAUACUUUCAUAAUGUGCCAUGUUAUAUCCCUAAACACCAACUGUAUAGAUUAGUUUACUUUUUGUUUUUGUAUAAAUUGUAGAUAAAUGUCCCCCAUAUGUUAUGGAUGUUGUUUUAUAAGGUGAAUGGGUCGAUUUCUGUCUAUAUUAUAAAGAUUGGGCAUUUGUGCCAAAAUUUAUAUUUUAAUGGUCAAUUUUCAGUUUCUUAUUUUUACAUGUCUAUGGUGGCCAAAUUAACUGUGAUAUUUUUUAUGUGCAAUAACUGAUAUGUGAUAUUUACAAAAUUAUAUUUUAGUUAGCUCAAGCUAAAAGUAUGUUGUGUUUAACUUGCCAUGAAUGAUUGUUUGGAGCAUUUCUGUUGAUUGGGCAAGUCUUGAAAUUUUAAGUUAAAAAAGUUAAGUAUUUGACAAAAAUGUUCCUGCAACUCAAAAUGCUGCACAUUCAUUGUGUAAUUAAACUUGAAGAGAUUUUAUUGCUUGACAGACCUGUCUGGUAACAAAAUUAUUUAUAAAAUGGUGGUCAAAGAUGGAUGGCUUCAUGCUAUUUGUAUGUGAUAAUAACAUCUAUAGCGCGUAGUCAGCAAUUAUCAGACACAUGUUUUCAAUUUUGGAUAGAAUGAUUUUGACACAUACAUAUUUCAGUGUGGACAAAUUAAAACAUUAAAUUUCACAAUUGUCAUGAUCACUACAAAGGGCAACUGGGUCUUAAAUGCUCCACAGUAUCUUGAUUGAUGCAAUGCUUAUGCAAGCUCUUUUGAUAUGAAAUUUGUGGUCUUUAAUUUAACAUUGGACUAAAUUCUUGCUGCAGCAACUGAUUUGAAUCAUUUCAAUAAAAUGUGUCUUAUUUUGUUCAUAUUGAGUAAUGUUAAAAGGAUAUGAUGUCUCAAUGUUGUUGGAACAAUUUUGUCUUUAAGUUGAAAAUUUGUAUAAAUUGACUUAUUUUAUUGGCCAUAAAAAUCAAAUAUUGUGAUGAAAUUUCAUUAGAUUUAAAAAAAACAGGAAUCAAAUGACCCCUGGUAUAAAAUAUGAAUGAGUCAAACUUACAAUUGCAUGGGUCAUUUUAUAAGCAGCUAAAAAAUAGUUACAAGUAGAGGUAACACCAUGUGUUAAAAGUGUUAGUGCUGUAUUUAAUUGCUUUUAUUUUGUUAUAUCAAAAACCCAUAGGUGAUAUCAAUAUUUAACAUUCCUCGGUCAUACCAUGGUACUCAUGAUGUGUAUUACUGAUGCUGAACCACUGGUAAUGAUAGUGCUUCAUAAUGUGGCAAAGAAAAAAAAUUGCUUGGGAAAAAAAAAAUUGCAUAGUCUGUUACAAUCCCUGUGCAUUGUAUUACUAUUCUAUUGUGCUAAUUGCCUACAUUGAUCUUUAAGUCUGGUUUUAUAGUUGAAAUUCAGUAUUUAUAUACAACUGUACGCACUUAUAUGUUAGUUUAUUGCUCACAAAGUAGCACAAAAGAUGUGUUUAGUCUGUUUAUGUUUACUUUUGACUGACCCCAUUAAGCCCCUUACACUUUUUGGGCGUCCCUUGUUGACUUUGAUACAUGGUUUAUAUUGCAAAGUGUGUUCAUACUGCAUCUGCGUAAAGGGUUUGAACUGUACUUACUUAAAGGGUUUGUAACAUAUUUCUAUGUGUUUAUGUUUAUAUAAUGUUGUUUAACAUGCAUGAAGACUAAUGGAAAUAAUUCUUUACAGGGUAGAUGUAAGCAGGCAGCUGAAUCUCAUAUUUAUUGACAUUCUCAUUGCAUGAAACUGUAUUGUUUGUUAAACUUUUUGUUUUAUUUAUUUAUAUACAUCACCAUGUUUUAGUGGUGAUGGUCUUUCUAUCACAGUUGAAUUCUGUGGUACAAAGAGACACAAUUUGCUUGGCAGAUUGUACAGUAUACAUGUAUUAUCAAUGAUGAACAACGUUUCUUUAUCUAUUUUGGAUAUUCUUUUAAUGGUUGUCCCUUUAUGUAACUUAUGUACUGUUAGAUUAAGCACAGUUCUUGUGUAAACAUGUCAAAAUAUUAUGUCAAAAUAGCUUCAGUAUUUGUAUAGAGACCUUGAAAAUCAAUUGCUUGACUUUACCUUGGAAUUAAGGUAAAAAGGUCUUUGAAUUUCAAACACAGGGUUUAAACAGAUUUCCAAUCACCAAUUUCAUGUACUUGAAUUAGGUGAUCGAAAACCUGUUUUAAGUUGUGUUUGUAUUAGGGUAUAAAAGUAUUGAUACUUUUUGACAUUAUGUUAUCUUUGUAAAGUAGGGUUUGUGUUUUGUUACAACUUUACAUAUCACAACUCUUACUUUCUUAUUCACAUUGUAAUUUGACACAAUUGUCAUGAAGUUACACAGAUGUAUGACAUAAUAUCUUUUAAUCGAUUUCACCUUAAGAUUACCAAAAACUACAUUGAUAAAUGAGGAAUUUUAAUAAAUUAGGGGCAAAAUGUCGAAAUGCAAUUUAACAAGAUUUGCAAGCAUCACAGUUAAAAAACACUUAAUGUUAGUGUAUACAUAGGUUCGUUUAUAUUUUGUAUAAGAAAUAAUGCUUUCAAUAUAAUUUAUGGUCAAAUACUCCACUGCCAAAAGUUUACCUGCGCAGUGGUUAAACCAUGAGUAUGAAGCAUGAUUGAUAUGAUAUCACGCAUCUGAAAUUCAGGUGUUGGGUGAUAUGAAAGCAAACUUUAACCUACAAGUAUUAUUUCAAUUCUGACACGACUUUCAACUGACAAUUUAUCCAAAUGUGUCUAAAAAUGUACCCACUAUUCCUUAGGAAGCUGCGCCCGUAAUUGUCAGCUAUUACUGUAAGGUCGCUUAAUUAUGCCCCCGAAGGAGGGCAUAUAGUGAUCGCACUGUCCGUCCGCCACACUUUGCGUUUAGGUUUCGAAAAAUGCUCAUAACUUCUAUGUUGCUUCAGAUGUAACUGUCAUAUUUGGUAUGCAUGUGUAUAUGGACAAGGCCUUUCCAUACGCACACAAAUUUUGACCUAGAACUUAGGGUACACAUUUAGGUUUUGAAAUCUGCGUUUAGGUUUCGAACAAUACUCAUAACUUCAAUCAAAGCAUUUUUCAGGGGCAUAUGUCAUCCUAUGGAGAAAUCUCAUAUGUCAUCCUAUGGAGAAAUCUCUUGUAUGUCAUCCUAUGGAGAAAUCUCUUGUAUGUCAUCCUAUGGAGAAAUCUCUUGUAUGUCAUCCUAUGGAGAAAUCUCUUGUUUCACUAAUUUUCAUGAAACUAAAACUAUACUACUUAACUAACUGUUAAGGAAUACUUAUCAAAAACAUGCAAAUUAAUGCAUAAAUAUAAUGCAAACACUAUUUAGAACUUAAAAUAAAACAUUAGCAACAACAAGUAUAUUAAGUAAACAGUGCAUUAUUUUAUCAAUGCAUAUCUGAUUACCACAAAUAAUACAAACUUGCAUAAUUAUAUUUGUACUAGAUGGAGCUAUUGUUACCUCUUCAAAUAGAACACACCAAGUGUUGAACUGUGUGUUCAUAUUUCGUAUUUUUAUGCCCCCAAAGGAGGGCAUAUAGUGAUCGGACCGUCUGUCCGUCCGUCCGUCUGUCCUUCCGUCACACUGCGUUUAGGUUUUGAAAAAUGCUCAUAACUUCUAUGUUGCUUCAGCUAGCAACUUGAUAUUUUGCAUGCAUGUGUAUCACAUGGAGCUGCACAUUUUGAGUUGUGAAAGGUCAAGGGUCAAAUAUAUGGCUUCAAAGCGGCGCAGAUGGGGGGCAUUGUGUUUCUGACAAACACAUCUCUUAGUUUUUAUGCCCUCCUUCGAAGAAGAGGGGGUAUAUUGCUUUGCACAUGUCGGUCUGUCGGUCCGUCCACCAGGUGGUUUCCGGAUGAUAACUCAAGAACGCCUGGGCCUAGGAUCAUGAAACUUCAUAGGUACAUUGAUCAUGACUCGCAGAUGACCCUAUUGAUUUUGAAGUCACUAGGUCAAAGGUCACGGUGACCUGAAAUAGUAAAAUGGUUUCCGGAUGAUAACUCAAGAACGCUUAGGCCUAGGAUCAUGAAACUUGAUAGGUAGAUUGAUCAUGACUCGCAGAUGACCCCUAUUGAUUUUCAGGUCACUAGAUCAAAGGUCAAGGUCACAGUGACCCGAAAUAGUAAAAUGGUUUCCGGAUGAUAACUCAAGAACGCUUAGGCCUAGGAUCAUGAAACUUGAUAGGUAGAUUGAUCAUGACUUGCAGAUGACCCCUAUUGAUUUUCAGGUCACUAGGUCAAGGUCACAGUGACCCGAAAUAGGUUAAUGGUUUCCGGAUGAUAACUCAAGAACGCUUAUGCCUAGGAUCAUGAAACUUCGUAGGUAGAUUGAUGAUGGCUGGCAGAUGACCCCUAUUGAUUUUUAGGUCACUAGGUCAAGGUCACGCUGACCCGAAAUAGUAAAAUGGUUUCCGGAUGAUAACUCAAGAACGCUUAUGCCUAGGAUCAUGAAACUUCAUAGGUACAUUGAUCAUGACUCGCAGAUGACCCCUAUUGAUUUUCAGAUUACUAGGUCAAAGGUCAAGGUCACGGUGACCCGAAAUAGUAAAAUGGUGUCCGGAUGAUAACUCAAGAAUGCUUAUGCCUAGGAUCAUGAAACUUGAUAGGUAGAUUGAUUAUGACUCGCAGUUGACCCCUAUUGAUUUUCAGGUCAGUAUAUCAAAGGUCACGGUGACCUGAAAUAGUAAAAUGGUUUCCGUAUGAUAACUCAAGAACGCUAAUGGCUGCGAUCAUGAAACUUAAUAGGUACAUUGAUCAUGACUUGCAGAUGACCCCUAUUGAUUUUGAGGUCACUAGGUCAAAGGUCAAGGUCAUGGUGACCCGAAAUAGUAAAAUGGUUUCCGGAUGAUAACUCAAGAACGCUUAUGCCUAGGAUCAUGAAACUUCAUAGGUACAUUGAUAAUGACUCGCAGAUGACCCCUAUCGAUUUUGAGGUCACUAGGUCAAAGGUCAAGUUCACGGUGACCCAAAAUAGUAAAACGGUUUCUGGAUGAUAACUGAAGAACGCUUAUUCCUAGGAUCAGGAAACUUGAUAGGUAGAUUGAUCAUGACUCGCAGAUGACCCCUAUUGAUUUUCAGGUCACUAGAUCAAAGGUCAAGGUCACGGUGACCCAAAAUAGUAAAAUGGUGUCCGGAUUAUAACUCAAGAACGCUUAUGGCUAGGAUCAUGAAACUUAUUUGUACAUUGAUCAUGACUGGCAGAUGACCCCUAUUGAUUUUGAGGUCACUAGGUCAAAGGUCAAGGUCACAGUGACAAAAAACAUAUUCACACAAUGGCUGUCACUACAACGGAGAGCCCAUAUGGGGGGCAUGCAUGUUUUACAAACAGCCCUUGUAAAUGUUUUUAUUCAUUGUCAAGAAAUAAAUAAUGCCUUAGAAGAUGCUGCAUAUUUUUGUGCAAAAUACUGUUUGGCGUUACUUUUAUUUAUUGAUUUACACAUUCGGUGUAAACAAAUUGUCGCCUCUUUUUUGUGCGUGCUUGGAAUGUGUUAGCUCCGCUCAUAAAUAAUUUGAUAAACGUAUGUAGGAUUCAUGACUUAAUUUAUACUAAAGAAUGCUCCUUUCGUGUUAGUUUUAUUUAAAUAUGUUAUGUGACUUAAGCAGGGCCUGCUCUGCCAUUCACCAAGUAAGCAAAUGGCUACAAAUUAGAAAAUUUGGCAUAAGAAAACUUUUUAUUCAUAAAACUGGUAAAACUAAUCAAAUAUGACAAAAUUCUGUGUUCUACUGUAAAUUUAGCUGAAGAAAAUUUUGAGCCAGGGAGAACCCUGCUUAAGGUUACAGCUAGUUUAUUUAACAGUAAUUUGUUCUUGUUCUAGCAAGGUGCAACAAGAACACUAAUAAACUCACAGCUUUAUAAACAAUAUUUAUUGUUAAAAUAUUUGAAAUCUUUGUAUUCAAACUGUAAUGCAUUAUCUUCAAUAGUGUUAUAAUGGGUGUUCGUUUCAAUUGAGCAAUGAAAAGAACACCUCUGCAAUAUUUUACUUGGAUGGUUUAUGGAUGGACAAACUUUCAAAUUCAUUAUGGUCUGAAUCACAUUUGACAUGUGCACCGCACACGAAUCCCCUAACUACUCCAUCUUAGUCUUCAUCUGAGCUCUAUUUAAGUUUAGACAAAGUUUUAGACUAAUUAGGUUUGUAGUUAUGGUGCAUUCUGUUCAAAGCUUUUGAUUAAAUUCAAAACCUUUUUUUUUGUUUACUUAGUUUCAUUAUGUGUCAUGUAUAAUAAUAUUUCAUUUAAGUUCAAACUGUGAUUUAUUUAAUUGUUUAGGACUAAAGUUGGAUUUUAGGGCUCAUUGAUGUUUUCCAAUUUUUCAUAUUCGACUGUUCAUGUAGAACUCCAUGUUUCUUAACUAUUUAUUAGUAUUGCAAUGUGUUCAAAAUUGUGUGUUCAACAGUAAGUAUAUGUUUUAGUGAAUAAGAAUACAUUCACAUAUAUUGUUAUUGUCAGUUCCUUAAAAUAUGUGAAACUCUUUAAGGAUCCAAGGUAGAUUUUCAUCUCAGGAUGAUGUAUGGACUGUUAAAGGAGUAUUUCAGAUGUACUGUCCAUACAAAGUUUAACUUGCAGUUUACCUAAGCAGUAAUUCUCCUUUUUAUUCAAAGUCAUAAUCAAAUUUGAUAUGAAUAACUUAUCGUACAAUAAUAGUUUUGACAACGUUCUGACCCUAUAUUUUUCAGUUUCAUUGCCGUGUAGUAUACUUAUAUAUGAUGAGGGUAUUAUAGUUCACUUUUGUUUUGCUGCAUAAUGUAAUCAUGAUCGUCUGUUUUUUUCAUAAGUAUUAAAAUGUUAUUCAGAGUUGAUAUCUAGGUUAGCUGUGUGCUUGAAAUUUAGUUCCAAAUAAAUAAAUAAAAACAGAAAUUAAAGGGAUUGUAUUCUUCAAAUGUUCUCCUUUUUUAGCCUCCCUAUGGUUAUUGAAAGUACUUUCAUAUAGAUUGUAAUACUGGAAAACUGGAUUUGUUUUAUUUUCGCAAAUAUUAAUGAUUUUGUUUCGCGUUCAAAACAAGCACAAAUCAACAUGUCUUUGAUCUUACAAUCGAUAUGUGCUAGUGUCAUGUGUCUGCCCAAUCAUGUGUUUUAGGGUAACAAGUUUAAAUUUGUUAUGAUCAAUGUUAUCAUGAACAGGUGCAUAUGAUGUGUUAAAACAGUCUUUUGUGAAUGGACUUUUCUGUUUUUCAAGCUAAGUCUUCUGGUAAUGACAUGCAAAUUGCAACACUAUUUUGUUAUGAAAUGUAUAUAUUAAAUUAUAAGAAUGUUCGAAUUUAGGCCAAGGUAACAAGGUCUUUUUAAAUUCACAUCCUAAUGUUGACGCGAAUGCCAGAUUAAGCAAAUACAUUAAAAUGGCCUUUUUUAGAGUAAACUUGCACAUUCAAGCUCAUGAAAUCUAAUGAAACCUGUUUUCUUCCUUCAUAAACUAAUGAAGACAGCGCAGGGUUAACAUUUGAUCUGGUUCAUGUCGGUUUGUUGUCUGUUUUUCUCUGUCACUGGCUGCCCAAGUAAAACACCAAACAUAGUUCAAAUACCAAUUAUAAAUGGUUUUAUACGCAAGUUAAAAAUAGGUGAUUGUACCUCCAUUGGCAUAUGAAAACUCAUGAGCAAAUCAAAGCUAAAUAAAAGAACAAAUAUCUAUACAGUGUAUUUUCAAGGUCAAUGCACGUAGUUGCCUAUUGUGAUGAUUUGAAACUAGUGCAUACUGAGGUCUUGUGGCUGUAAGAGCUAUUCUGUGUUAAACCAACUAUUGUUUUAUUGCCUAGAUGAAUGUUGUUCUCUUUUAAAGAAGACACUCAUAACAUUUAGCAUGAUAAAUAUAUACUUGUGAUAGAUAUUAAAUUGUCGCAACAUUUUAAAGGGGCUUGUUCAUAUAUAUGAGUUAUCAGUUGCCAUUAUGAUGUGUGUCUUAACUUGAGAGAUCUAAGCAUCAUGUUUAAUCACUGUGUGAACAGGUCCCUUUAUGAUGGCAUUUACAUGUAUAUUUGAAGUAGACUGAAGUUUAAGUGUUUGUUUAGUGUUAUAAAACACGUUCAAUUAAUUGUUAUGCUCCCCAAAAAUUUAUUUUGGGGGGAGCAUAUAGUCGCCGCUUCGUCUGUCCAUGUGUGCAUCUGUCUGUCCGUGCACAAUUUUUGUCCGGGCUAUUUCUCAGCAACUAAUGACCGGAAUUCAAUGAAACUUUAUGGGAAGCCUCAUUACCAAGAGGAGAUGUGCAUAUUAUCAGCCAGUUCUGGUCGGAUGAUUUUUCACAGAGUUAUGGCCCUUUGAAAUUUUCUAUAAAAUUCUUGUCCCCCCAACUACUGUGCCCUCAAGACGUUUCCUUUUAUCUGAAUAUUGUGACACAAAAAAACUUUGGGGAGCAUCACCCGUGUCAGACGGUUUCUUGUUUUAGUUUUGUUAUGUUCUUUGUAAACUGCCUGUUAGAUAUUUUUGGUUUGAUAUCCAUUCCUUUCUUACCGGAAGAAUUUAACUACAUUUAAUAUUCUGGCAAGCCUAUGAACGGACGUUUUCAUUGUUUUUUUGCCAACAUAAGUGUAGAGGAAUCAUGCAAAUUUAGUUAUAAUAAGAUGGAUCAAUUUGAAAUUGGCUACAACACAUUAUUAAAUUUAAAUGAUUGCUUUUCAAGGAUUCUCACAGUGAUUAGUUUGUUAAGUUAUAUAAACAUGACUUGGUGAAACAAGUCUUCUUGAAACCCUUAAAAUAACUCUAAUAGGAACAUGGAUAUCAAACUCGUAAGACUUUUCUAAUAUUUGUAACAUUGCAAACUUUUUCAUUCUUUGUAGGUACAGAAUGUGGAUCAUAGUGUAUAGUUCCUAGCAAGUUGUUAUGUGUAAGCAUAGUACCCUCAAACUCUGGACUGACUGGCAGCAUGUCAUCAUUGAUCAAGUUUCACCUUCAUGGUUGAGUCUCGACCAUCAACAGUGGGUUCUCAUCAUAGCAGACAUGAAUUCGCCUUGCCCAUACAAGAGAGCGAUUGUGUGUCAUCUCUGAAGGAUCAGCGCAGUCUAUACGUGGAAGAUUGUGUAUGGAUGUAUCUUAAUGUAACUACAAACCUGUGAAGAUGUUGUGUGUUGCUUUUCUUUCAUGACAUGAUUUACAAUUGGGCUCUUAACAGAUAACGAUAAGUCUAAUGGAGCAUUUAAAUGUUUUUUAAUCCUUAAAUAUGCAUUCUUAUCAUCAUCAUGUAAAAAUUCAUAGUAAAUAUUCGAAAAAAUGUGA